CUACUCUCUCCACUUUGUCGUGUACUAGUUGUUCGAAGUUGGAGUCAUGAGCACUACUUUAGUUAGUUGAAGAUGGAGAUUUUGUUUUUGAACAAAAGACUGUUUUCAGUGCUUCUAGUGGAGGACGUGCUGAAUUAUGUCUCGUGUUCUUUUUUCGAGCGAAGAGUCGCUGCCACUAUGACUCGGUUCGCGUUGCUACUGAAUUCAGAGCGAAGAUAGGAUUUUCGUCGGCGGUUCGACGUGAUUGUAUUCGGUUAUUACAGCACCACCAAUGGGGAGAAUUGUCCAACGAGUACUAGGCGAGGUACUGAAUGAAAGUCUCAAUCGACUUAGGUAGGUUUCUUUCGGGAAAUAAGAACGCAAUUUUGUGAGUUGAAACCUCAGCUAGUAGUUAUAGCAAAGUCAGCAGCACGCUACGCGGGGUUGCCCUGGUGGCUGCUCCGUGCAACAAGAGUGCUUCCAAAAUCCUUAGAGAUGCACUAUCACUGCUUCGAUUAUGUUGAUCUCCUUGUCGAGGUAUAUGUCGCGGCAAAUUGUCCUUGUCUUUUCCUUGAGUCCUCACAGGCAGGCGAGUUGUUGAGCCACAAAGAAGGCUACAGAGAAUCAAAAUGCUAAUCCUGUCGGGUCGAGACUUCAGGGUUGUUUCCGUGUCGGCCGAAGUCCAGCCUGCGGAAACGAAAAACGAUACAACACCCUUCUGCCGCGGAGACAAAAACGCAGCUGAGUUGCGACGUGUCCUUUCGUUUCUUUAAGGAUAUCGCGACUGCUAGGUCUUCUGUCGCCAGUUGUUCCUCUAAAUCUUCAUGUCGACGAAGGUCCCGUCCUGCUUGAGUCGUGUCCUUCACCUUCUUUCGGUGUACUAUAAUAAUGUCAUGUCAUGGCGCUUCUUUUAUAGCAUUACGCAUCCAUGUAGGAGGCCAUUCAGUGAAAAGGUACUAUAACAGAUGUGAGCCAGCAUCUCACAUCAUCACAUUGAGAAGUAUCGAUUAUCCACCUUGAUUGUAUUCACAACAUCAAGAUCAACUACAGAGGACAAAGCUGCCAGGCUUUUUGGCAAAAGCUGAAAGGCUCCUGAUGCCCAUAACCUGCACUAGGACGUACGCAGAACUGCUGUUGGUCGCUCGAACGAAAGUGUAGUACAUGUGAAGGAUCAUCAACCUAAGCACAAUGGUUGUGGUUCAGUAACUUCUGGUUCAUGGCAU